UGCGCCUUCCUCUCUAUCCGCCCGUCUCUGUGGUAGCCGGGUGCCGGGGCCCCUCUCCUCUUCGGCGGCAGCGAGUUCUUCGGACUCUACCCUGAGCGGACCCGCGGGCUACCGGGCUCCCGCGUCGGGCGGAUUCCGGGUCAUGGCGGUCCGGGGGCCCGCGCCCCGGGCUAGCGCCCGGACUCUGCUUCUCCUGCUUCUCUUCUUCAGGCCCAGGUUAGAUCUGCAAUUUUUCCAGCGGUUCCUGCAGAUACAGAAGGUUUUGUUUCCCUCUUGGUCAUCACAGAAUGCCUUGAUGUUCCUGACUCUUUUGUGUGUGGCCCUACUGGAACAACUGGUGAUCUACCGGGUUGGCUUGAUUCCCAGUCAGUACUUUGGGGUCCUAGGAAACAAAGAUUUAAAUGGGUUUAAGACGCUGACGUUCCUGGCUGUUGUGCUCAUCGUCCUCAACUCCAUGCUGAAGAGCUUUGACCAGUUCACCUGCAACCUGCUGUAUGUGAGCUGGAGGAAGGACCUCACCGAGCACCUCCACCGCCUCUACUUCCGGGGCCGCGUGUACUACACCCUCAACGUGCUGCGGGAUGACAUCGAUAACCCGGACCAGCGCAUCAGCCAGGACGUGGAGCGGUUCUGCCGGCAGCUCAGCAGCGUGGCCAGCAAGCUGAUCGUCUCCCCCUUCACCCUCAUCUACUACACCUAUCAGUGCUUCCAGAGCACCGGCUGGCUCGGGCCUGUGAGCAUCUUUGGGUAUUUCAUUCUGGGAACCGUGGUGAACAAGAUGUUGAUGGGUCCCAUUGUGGCAAAACUGGUGCAGCAGGAGAAGCUGGAGGGGGAUUUCAGGUUCAAGCACAUGCAGAUCCGGGUGAAUGCUGAGCCUGCUGCUUUUUUCAGAGCUGGGCACGUGGAGCACAUGAGGACAGACCGCAGGCUGCAGAGACUCCUUCAGACCCAGAGGGAGCUGAUGUCCAAGGAGCUCUGGCUGUACAUCGGCGUCAACAUGUUUGACUAUCUGGGCAGCAUCCUGAGUUACGUCGUGAUCUCAAUCCCCAUUUUCAGCGGCGUCUACAGAGACCUGAGCCCCACAGAGCUCAGCACCCUGGUCAGCAAGAACGCCUUUGUAUGCAUGUACCUCAUCAGCUGCUUCACCCAGCUCAUCGAUCUCUCCACCACGCUCUCCGAUGUGGCAGGCUACACACACAGGAUCGGGGAACUUCAGGAGACCCUGCUGGACAUGACCCUGAAGUCACGGGAUGGGGAGAUCCUGGACGAGAGCGAGUGGGACUUGGCCAGGACUCCAGGAUGGCCAGCAACAGAGCGAACAGAUACAGCUUUUCUUCUUGAGCGGGUCUGCAUCUCUGCCCCCUCCUCUAACAAACCCUUAAUCAAGGAUCUGAGCCUGAAGAUCUCUGAGGGGCAGAGCUUGCUUAUCACAGGCAACACGGGCACCGGCAAGACCUCCUUGCUCCGGGUUCUGGGUGGCCUCUGGGCGAGCACAGGGGGCUCAGUGCAGAUGCUGAUGGACUUUGGACCCCACGGGGUGCUGUUCCUGCCACAAAAGCCAUUCUUCACUGACGGGACCCUUCGGGAGCAGGUGAUAUAUCCCUUGAAGGAGAUCUACCCGGACUCAGGUUCUGCUGAUGAUGAGAGGAUCAUGAGGUUCCUGGAGUUGGCAGGCCUGUCCAGCUUGGUGGCAAGGACAGAGGGUCUGGACCAGCAGGUCGAUUGGAACUGGUACGAUGUUCUGUCCCCAGGAGAGAUGCAGAGGCUCUCCUUUGCCCGGCUCUUCUACCUGCAGCCGAAGUAUGCAGAAAUUGAAAACCUGAUCCUAUAAUUUGUAUGGAAUUACAAGGGAUCACAAAUAGGCAAAACAGUCUUGAAAAAGAAGAACAAAGGUGAAGGACUCACACUUCAGAUUUCAAAAUUUACUUCAAAGUCAGUAAUCAAAACAGUGUAGUAGUACUAGCAUAAAAAUAGACUAACAUAAAGUUCUGUGGAAUAGAAUUGAGAUUCCAGAAAUAAACCCAUAUAUCUAAGUCAAAUGAUUUUUGUCAAGGGUGCCAGGACCAUUCAGUGGGGAUAGUGUCUUCAACAAAUAGUGCUGGAAAACUUGAAAUCCAUAUGCAAAAGAAUGCAAGUGGACCCUUACCUCACACACCAGAUACAAAAACUAACUAAAAAUGGAUCAAAGAACUAAAUUUUAUAGCUAAACUAAACCACUCUUAGAAGAAAACAUAGGGCAGAACUUCUUGAAUUUGACAAUGGUUUCUUAAAUAUGAUGCCAAAAGCACAAGCGACAAGAAAAAUGGAUACAUCGGACUUCAUCAAAUUAAAACUUUUGUGCAUCAAAGGACACUAGCAGGAGAGAGCAAAAUAGCGAAGCAGGCAGUUCCAAACACCCAUCCCUCAAAAGGAACGUUGAAAAACAAGCAGAAACUGUCAGAACCAACUUUGUCUGAACUGGACAACAGUCAUAGAUUUAUAGCGAAGACUGCAUCAAGACAACUUCAAUAUGGUAGGUAGGAAAGCUGUGUGGUGUUUUUACUUGCCUUGCCUCGUCUCUUCACCAGCUUGGUGGCAGUCUUGAAGAAAGCAGCCCAUGUUCUCAGUAUGGGACCCCAGUCCCUGGUUCCAGAGAACGCAGAGCAGACCUUAUUCACAAAUUACUGUUUGUUCUAACCUAUCAGGGGCUAGAAAGACUGACAGGUGCUCUUCUCUGUCUUGCCUGACUUGGAACUCACUCAGGGCAGAAAAACAGUAGGCAUUGCUCAAAAACUUUGUAAGGUGGGGGACUUCACUGGCAGUCCAGUUGUUAAGAUUCCGUGCUUCCGCUGCAGGGGCCGUGGGUUCUGUCCCUGGUCAGGGAACUAAGAUCCCACAUGCUGUGUGGCAUGGCCAAAAACAACCCCAAACACCAAAAAACAAACAACCUUUGUAAGGUGAACAAAAUCCUGCAGCCACCUGAAGCAAAGAUUAUGCUUAAGACAUACAGUAGGACCACCUAAAGCCUGGGAAGAAAUACUGGGGAGUCUCUUUGGGAAAUUGGGGUAUUCUAAAGUGACCCUGUGUACUACAGAAUUUAGAAAGCCACAGGCAUGGCUAGGACAGGAUGCAUGUUUGGAAAAGACCUGAGAAGACCCUAAGCUUUCACCUCUGGCAGGUCACUGGGCUUGGUUCAAGCGGGAAAUAAAGGCUAAGGCAGAGUUUUAAACUGCCUGGCUAAGUGCUAAAGGAGUGGCCGGAAAAGAGCCAGUCUGUACAGACUGGAAGAGAUGGGGUGUUUGUUUCCUUUUAGCUCCUGGUAUUCAAGGAAAUCUCUGUGAAAAUGCUAGUUGAACAGAGACUUCAAAUGAACACGCAUGACAAGGAUGACAGUCUUUACAAAAAUAGUUUGAGAAAGUUAUCAGAUGACUGCAGUUUGCAAUAAUCAAAAACAGUAAACUCUGGGGAAGGGAGAGAAACUGAUUUCCAGAGUUACCAUAUUAUAAUAUUCAAAUGUUCAGUUUUCAACAACAACAACAAAAAUCAUACAAAGAAACAGGAUUGUGGUCCAUUCAAAGGGGAAAAAAUGGACAGAAACCAUCCCUGAGGAUGCCCAAACGUUGGACUUUCUAGACAAAGGCUGUAAAUCAACUGUCUUAAAUAUGCUCAAUUAGCUAAUGGGAACCUUAGAGCUGGUUCUAGCUUUGGCUCUGGUGUUAGAGCUGGCAGCUAGCACUGGCUCUACAUCUGUAACUGGCACUGGUGCUGGAGCUGGAGCUACAGCUGGAUGUGGCCCCACAACUGGUGUGAGAGCUGGUCUAGGGAUUGGCUGUACCUCUGAACUAGCUCUGGCCCUGUAGCUGGCCCUAUAGCUCUGGCUUUGCUAUUAGAGCUGGGGCUGGAGCUGGCGCUGGCUCUGGACAUGCCAAUGGCUCUAUCAUUGGCUCUGCCUCUGGACCUUGUGCUAGAGCUAGUGCUGGUACUGGCUAUAGCUCUGGAGCUGGCUCUAGUCCUAGAGCUGGUUCUGGCUCUGGCUCUGAUGCAGGAGAUGCUCUAGCUCUGGAGCUGACACUCAAUAUGGCUCUAGUUGGGGGCAGGUGCUAGAGCUGGUAAUGCAUCUUGCUCUGGAGCUGGCACUGGCUCUAGCUCUAGAGCUGGUGUUGGAGUAGGUGCCACAGCUGUUUUUAGCUCUGGAGCUAGAACUAGGACGGGUGCUGGGGCCGACGCUUGUCCUGGAGCUGGUGCAGGCUCUAGCUUUGGAGCUGACAUUGCAGCUGACUCUAGCUCUAGAGCUGGUAUUGGAGCUUGUUCUAGCUCUAGAGUUGGCUCUGGCUAUACGUCUACAGCUGGAGCUGGUGCCAGAGCCAUCUCUAGCUGUGGAUUUAGUGUUACAGCUGGCACUGGAGCUGGCUCUGGACAAGUUGGGCACAGCACUCAGGUCCGAGUUGGCCGGGUUGAGAUGAUACACAAAGGCCACCAGCUGCUUCAUGCAGGGCAAGUCUAGAGGCUGACAGGAAUCCUCUGAAUACUGUCCAGCCAGGUGCCUAAGAUGGAGGGGAUGGAACUCAGGUAGGAGGGCAGGUAGCAGAGUCAGAGCCCUGGCCUUUCCUUCCACACUGCCUCCUACGGCACCUUUGCAGGGAUCUGGGUUCCUACACCUGGCCCUGCCCUUCCAAAGACCUGCCCCAUCCCAUCCCCAACCCCGCUCUGGCCAUCCUGGCAAUAGCAGGCCCUGUCACCAAGCAGGGAGCUAGCAAAGAGCCUCGGUCAUAGGGUGCUCUCAAUAAAUGAUUGACCAACUCUCCCCUUCUUCAGGAAAGCCUGACAUACUUCUCUGUCUGUCUUCCCUGGCCCCCGCCCACCGGAAUGUUAACUCCACGAGGGCAGGGAGGGGUUGUGUCUGCUCUGUUCAUUACACAGAGUUGGCACAUAGUAGGGGCUCCAUAGAUAUCUAAUGGAUGAGAAAACACGUGGAGUCUGUCCUCUUGCCCCAGUCUUCCUGUAACCAGAUAGGGUAGGGGGGUCCCUGGAGAAAGAAGUAGGCAUGGCUUUCUUGACAUAAGAGAAGCCAUUUUUGGCCUAAGCCAUCCUGUGAUCUAAGCCUGACCACUAUGCCUGCCCUUGAGCAGGUCUCAGUAAUUAAUAAUCGUAAGGAAACAAAAGAAUGCAGAGACAUUUAAUAACCUACAAUGGAAAGGAAUCUGAAAAGGAAGAGAUAGAUAGAUGAGAUAGAUAGAUAAUAGAUGAUAGUUAUAGAUAGAGAUGGACAGAUAUUAAACUGAAUCACUUUGCUGUACACCUGAAACUAACACAACAUUGUAAAUCAACUAUACUUCAAUAAAAAUAUUUUUUUUAAUGCAGAAACAAAUGACUGUUAUCAGGCAAGAAAAGUAACAAUAGCAAA